CCUAUUUAACUUCCUUCCUCUUUCCUUUAUUACCUCUAACUUUGUUGGUUUCCUUCCUUAUUCCACGUUUCCUCUUUCCUACGUUCAUUUCUACUUUCUUUUAGCGCAUGAUUCAUUGCAAAAAAGUGUCUCCUCAUUUUUACGCGAGUAUUAAAAGCAUGGUGGCUGUGAGGGGAGAGGAAAAGUGGGAUUGGAGCAGUGACGUGAUCUUGUGCUGGAAAGAGGAGGAGGGCGAAGAGGAGGAGGAAAAAACGGACGGCUGGACUCCAUUAAGACGAAGCCUGCUGGAAAAGUGUUUGGGAAUACGCCACUACUUCUACUAGGGCGACUCGUCGGGAUUUUUUCCUUUAUUUUUGGACCGUCUUCCCCUCCCCAGAACUCAUCCUGUAUGUUAUAAAGAAGGACAAAGCAGUUUUGUAUCGUGUCGUCGAGCGUUUGAGUGUCUUUUUUUGUGAAGGAAUGGCGCUGGACGGGAUCCGGAUGCCUGAUGGCUGCUACGCCGACGGGACGUGGGAGCUGAAGAUGCACGUCACUGACCUCCACCGGGAUGUGUCGCUGAGGGUCACCGGCGAGAUCCACAUUGGGGGUGUCAUGCUCAAACUGGUGGAGAAAUUAGAUGUGAAGAAGGACUGGUCGGACCAUGCGCUGUGGUGGGAGAAGAAGAAGACCUGGCUGCUGAAGACCCACUGGACGCUGGACAAGUACGGCAUCCAGGCUGACGCCCGGCUGCUCUUCACGCCGCAGCACAAGCUCCUGCGCCUGCAGCUGCCCAACAUGAAGCACAUGAAGGUCAAAGUCAACUUCUCCGACCGUGUCUUCAAAGCCGUCUCGGACAUCUGCAAGACCUUCAAUAUCCGUCACCCAGAGGAGUUAUCUCUACUGCGUAAGCCGCGUGAUCCCAAAAAGAAGAAGAAAAAGUUGGAGGAAGCCGAAGAGGAUGAUCUGGAGUUAGAGGGUCCGCUCCUAACCCCUGGAUCAGCCUCUGAGAUAAUAUACAUCGGCCCCGUCAAAGGAAGCAUCUACUCCAGCCCGGGCUUGUACAGCAAGACCAUGACGCCCACGUACGACUCACGAGACGGCAGCCCGCUGUCCCCCACGUCCGCCUGGUUCGGCGACAGCCCCCUGUCGGAGGGCAACCCCGGCAUCCUCGCCGUCAGCCAACCUAUCGCCUCCCCGGACAUCCUGGUCAAGCUCUACAAGCCGCAGUCUCUUCUGGACAAGGCCAAGAUCAACCAGGGGUGGUUGGACUCGUCGAGGUCUCUGAUGGAACAGGAUGUCAAGGAGAACGAAGUGUUGCUGCUAAGGUUUAAAUACCACAGUUUCUUUGACCUCAACCCAAAGUAUGACGCCAUAAGGGUGAACCAGCUCUACGAGCAGUCCAAGUGGGCCAUCCUGCUGGAGGAAAUCGAGUGCACGGAGGAGGAAAUGAUGAUGUUUGCCGCGCUGCAGUACCACAUCAACAAGCUGUCCAUCAUGUCGUCGGACAACCACAUGAACAACAGCGAGAAGGAGGUGGACGAGGUGGACGCCGCCCUCUCCGACCUGGAGAUCACGCUGGAAGGAGGCAAGACGUCCAAUGCCCUGGGUGACAUCACGUCUAUUCCUGAGCUAGCGGACUACGUCAAAGUCUUCAAACCCAAAAAGCUGACGCUGAAGGGCUACAAGCAGUACUGGUGCACGUUCAAAGACAUCACAAUUUCCUGUUACAAGACUAAAGAGGAGUCGCACGGGACGCCUGCUCACCAAAUGAACCUCAGAGGUUGCGAGGUGACCCCAGAUGUGAACAUAUCAGGUCAGAAAUUCAACAUCAAGCUGUUAAUCCCCGUGGCGGACGGCAUGAACGAGAUCUGGCUGCGAUGCGACACGGAGAAGCAGUACGCCCACUGGAUGGCCGCCUGCCGCUUGGCGUCCAAGGGCAAGACCAUGGCGGACAGUUCCUACAACCUGGAGGUGCAGAACAUCCUGUCCUUCCUCAAGAUGCAGCACAUGAACCCCGACCCGCAGUUCAUCGAGCCCAUCACCAGCGACAUCAACCCCGAGUGCCUGGUGUCACCGCGCUACCUGAAGAAGUACAAGAACAAGCAGCAAGGCUUAAUCAGGGAUUUGAUCUCGGCCCGCAUUCUUGAAGCCCACCAGAACGUGGCCCAGAUGAGUUUGAUCGAGGCCAAGAUGCGCUUCAUCCAGGCUUGGCAGUCGCUGCCAGAGUUCGGAAUCACUCACUUCUUGGCCAAGUUCCAAGGCGGGAAGCGCGACGAGUUGAUCGGCAUCACCUACAAUCGUCUGAUCCGCAUGGACGCCGGCACCGGGGACGCCAUCAAGACCUGGCGCUUCAGCAACAUGAAGCAGUGGAACGUCAACUGGGAGAUCAAGAUGGUGACUGUCGAAUUUGCAGAUGAGCCCAAGUUGUCGUUCAUCUGCGCCGAGGUGGACUGUAAGGUGGUCCACGAGUUCAUCGGGGGUUACAUCUUCUUGUCCACGCGGGCCAAGGACCAGAACGAGACCCUGGACGACGACAUGUUCUACAAGCUGACCAGCGGGUGGGUCUGACCACGCGUCUCGCCAUCGGGACCACCCGCUUGCACACUACAGCACGCUCCAUGGACUGUCACGCUCUUGGUUCCCACUAGUAAAGCGCGUGCGUGCUCCACGCUAAUGAAUUUCAACCUUCAUGGCACUAGUAGUGUGUACUUUUGUAGCAUCUCGUCCCACUAAAAAGGACAAAGAGCGUACUAGUACAUGGACCGUAGGAUGGAUAUCAAAUGAAGAGUAUACAGUAUCAUAUUUAUUCAAUGUCCUUCAUAUCCAGAUAGAGUAAGCCAGUUGAGUUGAAACUGUCUUACCGGUAAUGUUUUGGCACCACUGUAUGACAUUUUAGUGAAUCAACAACUUGUUACUAAAUGGGCAAAACGACCAGUGAGCCGCUUACAAAGAAGUUUGAGCAUCUAUUCCAUUCCCUCCUUGCACACUGAAGGGUAAGUACUAAUCCACUCUUUAUCCUCACUAAAAAAAAUUACUAGUACACAAUAGGAAAAAAAAUGGCAGUCGACAGGGUGCACUAGUAGCUCAACUACUGGUCUGUGUUUGCCGCCACUAAAAGGGUUCAGGAGGCUACAAGUUUUUCUUUGACCUCGUUAGUAAGACCAUUUAGCGUACUAGUAGAACAAGAAGGACACACUAGCGGUACUCGUAGCACACAAUUGUCAUCUAGUGCACCGUUUUGCCUCCCUAGUUUAAGUUGUUCUACUAGUGCACAAGAAUGUCAUACAGUCGUAAAAAAAAAACCUAGUGCUCGCUAGUCAUUUCACUAGUGUGCUCAAUUGUCAUGGACAACUCUGUGCACUAGUAGGAUAUGCAAUAUAUGCUCUAGCCUCAUUUCUCCCCCAGGUCCUAUACCCCGCCAAUUUCGCUAAGCACUUGGACAUCAUUGCAUUGAAUUUUGGGCCGAUGUUACGCUAAAGAUAGCGUCCACUUUGCAUGAAGCAGGGAGCUGGGUGGCUUUUAAUAUCAAGCAAAAUUAUUAUGAAAUAUUAAUAUUUGCAUUGUUUUAACACAAACGCUGUCACAAAACAGAGGUCUAAGUAAUCCUCAUAUUACCUCUACGUGUCUCUCACGGCCACAGUAUUAUUCUUGUUUUUGAUGAUGAAUUCUAUGAGAACACACCAGCAAUGGCCCACAAUCAAUUAUGCAAGCAAAAUGAAGUAUUAUUUGUUUUGUAACUAAUGUAAAAACACAGCUUUUAUAGAAUUGUACAGUUUUUUUUCUCUCUGCUUUGAGGGGUAAAUAUGUUCAGUGUGUGUGUGUGUGUGUGUGUGUGUGUGUGUGAGCGCGCGUGUUCUUCACGUGAUGAAUGUCAUCACGUAAAGAUGAAAAUAUCCUAAACUCACGGAAAUACAUAUGUGUCUUUUACUCAAACACUA